GGUGUGUGUGUGUUCAAGCUCGACAAAAAAGCAAGACACACUUGUUGCACACACACAGUUAACCGGUAGUACGUUAAAAGAAUCUUUUCGGCGCCAUCCUUCGUUAUCUCUGUCGUCAAAAAAACUUCUUAAAAUCUUCUGAAAUACUACGAAGAGAGGGAGAAAGACACAGCCGAAAAUCAGCAAUGGAGGUUUCCACAAGAGAUCCGUACCCCUUCCCAACUCUACAGAACGAUGAUAACUUUAUGGGAACGAAUACUUUAGAGAAACAACCGUACACUCAGCCAACACAUCUAGCUCAACAGACAGACCCAUGGAAACGACUCAACACAACAAGUACCCUGGCUAGCGCUAGAAGAGAGGUCUUCCAUUACGACCCCAAAGCUCCUCGUGACAGUCUAGAUUUCGUCCUCAAGGCAGACUACGACCAUCACGGUGCUUUCCUCAAAUCCAAGAACGAGACCCUCGUACAACCAGAGACGAUAGGUGAAAACCACGGGCGAGUCCUGAAAAACCGAAAGAAGGAGGUACCCUCAUUGGUCGACCCCAUGAAUCCACCCACCAUCGAGACAGAGAUCCACGAACCCAAGAAGGAGAGUAUCCACAGUGUGAAGGGCGCCAUCGGAUGUCACCACAGCGCCGCCACCAAUGCGGGUUAUUCGCGCAAACACGACGGGGGUUUCUACACAACAUAAAGAUGAGAGUAGGCAUAGGUGUUUCUAAGUAGAGAAGGCACACUGCAGUUUCUUUACCGUCUGCAAUUCAGGCGAAAGCACAAAACAGGCAUGAUAUUUAACCCUUGAGUAAAUCCAGAGGUAUUUGACCCUUGAGAUAUUUACUCCCCGAGAUAUUUAACGCUUGAAAAAAAGAAAGAUUCAGAGUAAAAGGGCUAACCUACAUGAUGGUAUGCGACCCUACUUUCACUGACGUCACAUGCAUUUACUUUGAGUCCGAACUCCUGUUUAAGUACAUAUGUUGUGUGUCCAAUUGAAAUGGGUCACAAGCCUUUGAUUAUAGGGGUCAAAAUUAAAAUUGAAUUACAUAGGAAGAAAUACCAUGCCUGUUAAAAAAAAAAACAGAAGUUAAACCCAUUUGUCAAAUAUUUUGACAACAGAGACAUACAUUGGGGGAAACUGGGUUGUAGCAAACAUGUACCCAUAUACUUUUAGGGCUUAUGAUCAUAUUCUUUUUUACCUUCGGUGAUUUUUUUACAUUGUCAAAAGAAAUGAAUGCAGAUAAUCUGUCAAUUGAGAAAUAGGCAUUUCUUGAAUGCAACAUUUUUUAUGUUGACACAAAACUUUCUUAACCUGCCAUAAACUUGUACAAAAGAAUCCUUGAGAAACAUCCCUCUCUGUAGAUUUCCCCUGUGGAGGCAUUUCUUCCUGUUGUGUUUGGUCUCCGUUAAGUAUCAAAUGUUAAAACCACCGAACCAGACAACAACAAAACAAGAUAGAUAGGAAGAUAGUUGUACAGUGUUAUAGUUUUUAAUAUCUGGUGUACAUUUUGUAUAGAAAACUUUUUAAUUUCAGCAUUUACAUUCGUUUUCAUGAAUAUUUUUACUUAAAGGUGACAACUGUCGUUACGGUAGCCUCUUAGACAGACAUAGGUUGUUAAAUUUGAUUGUCGAUUGUUUAUAAUACAUUGAAUAAAAAAACUUUGGAAAUUGUAAAUGCACAUUGUAAUCAGCGUGAACAAAUUUUCUUGUAUUUGUUCUGAAUGAGAUUCAGAUUAGUGUAUGAAAGAGGUAAAGCUUCAUGUUAUUGCAUUUGACAUGUACGGCGAUGCAUACAUAGUUUGAAGUUUCAUUUUGCUCUAGGUGGACCCUCCAGCAUGUCCAAAAUAACCAAGUUCAUAAAGACCUGAGAGUCACAAACACUUAAAUGUACAUUGUAUAUAGUUUACUUAGAAUGUUUGUUGAAAGACGAAUGGCACCUUGAUGAAGGAACUCGGGCCAUAUCACAUAACCCCUAAACAACUUGCUUUUACCCCAUCCCCAUCACCAAAAUGUAAAGCAAUUACCCCUUUUGCAAAAAUUAGUGUUCAACAGUCUCCUGUACACACUUAAAGGAACAUUACAGAAUUGGUAAGAAACAAAAAUCGUGAAGAUCACAGAUUUACAUAAAACUUA